AUGCCGCUUCCAAAACCAGAACCGCCUUGUGAUCUACCAGUACCAAAACCGGAACCACCAUGCGAUUUACCAGCUCCAAAACCUGAACCACCAUGCGAUUUACCAGUACCAAAACCUGAACCACCAUGUGAUAUACCAGCUCCAAAACCUGAACCACCAUGCGAUUUACCAGCACCAAAACCUGAACCACCAUGUGAUAUACCAACUCCAAAACCUGAACCACCGUGCGAUUUACCUGCACCAAAACCGCUACCAUGUGAUUUACCAGCACCUAAACCGGAACCACCAUGCGAUUUACCGGUACCAAAACCCGAACCGUGUGAUUUACCAACACCUAAACCGGAACCACCGUGCGAUUUACCAGUGCCUAAACCAGAACCACCGUGCGAUUUACCAAUACCAAAACCGCUUCCAUGUGACUUACCAGCACCUAAACCGGAACCACCAUGCGAUUUACCGGUACCAAAACCCGAACCGUGUGAUUUACCAGUGCCCAAACCAGAACCACCGUGCGAUUUACCAUUACCAAAACCGGAACCACCAUGCGAUUUACCAUUACCAAAACCGGAGCCACCUUGUGACUUGCCUUUACCUAUGCCUGAGCUACCUUGUGAUUUGCCACAGCUUCCAUUGAUACCAUUGCCACUUCACUAG